AUGCAAUUACCCGUUUCUCAAUCUCACACAGUGAAACUUCCUACUAUUAAACUCGAUACUUUUCGAGGUGAUAUUGAACAAUGGCAGUGUUUCUGGGAACAAUUUAAAUCUUCUAUUGACGAUAAUAAUAGUCUAUCAUUAAUUGAUAAACAUGUGUUUUUGCGAGGAUAUUUAGAAGAUGAACCAAGACGGUUAGUCGACGGAAUCAGUGUUAGUGCCAGCACAUAUGAAACUACAAAAGCUCUUCUUCAAAACCGAUAUGGCGACAAAAACAGAAUAAUUCAAGCCCAUUUAGACUUUUUGGAAAAUAUUUCGCCAAUACGUAAUCCCACUCCUAUUGCAUUGAAUGAAGUAUUUAUAGAAUGCAACAGAAGACUAAACGCUUUAACGGCUUUAGGAGAGGAUAUCAACGCUUACGGGCGAGUUUUAGCUCCAAAAAUUUUACGUGCCUUUCCGGAUGAUAUUUGUCGCCGAUGGAUCAUUUACGCAAAAAGAGAGAAAAUAUCUGAAGGUGAUAUGAAUAAACUAGUGCAAUAUUUAUCUGAAGAAGUAGAAGGUGCUCUCACAACACUAAAAAUUCGAGGUGAGCAAAACUUUGAUUACACAUUUAAAACAUCUACAGCAGCCUUGCAUGUGAAUUCUAAAAAGAUUAACCAGACUAAAAAACCAUCUCCAUUUUGCCCCUUCUGUGAAAUUAACGGUCACUGGCCGCAAGAUUGUACGAAUAUAACUGAUAUUGAUACUCGAAUCCAAAAAUUAAAAACCUCUGGUAGAUGCUUCCUGUGUACUAAUCGUGGCCAUAGUAUAAAAAAUUGCCUUCGCAAAGAUAAAGCGUUCUGCAUAAGAUGCAAAAAGAAGCACCAUGUCUCUAUUUGUAGAAACAACAGUUCAAAUCAACCUAGCCACUCUAUUUCUACAAAUAACAUAGAUACUCGUACACCUAAUUUUACUCACUUACAGACUGCUCGAGUAUAUAUAACUGGCCCAACUGGCAUUACUAAGCUUACAAGAUGCAUUUUAGAUUGUGGAAGUCAAACCAGUUUCAUUCAUUCACAUCUUGUAGACUACCUAAAAUUAGAUGUUAUUAGCUCUGAUUCACUUGAAAUUCAUGCAUUCGAAUCAUCAUCAAAUCAGGCUCAAUCGAGACGAAAAGUAAGAUUUAAACUAUCAAGUAUUUGGAAUCAGUCAGAAAUUUAUCUACAUGCAUUUGAAAGUCCUAAUAGAUAUGCAGUUCAUCCAUCAGUUCCAUUAGAGAUUGCUUCUAUGGCUCACAAGAAAAAAUUUAAGCUUGCUGACCCGAAUGACACUCUGCAAGACAUGCCUAUUGAAGUUUUGAUUGGCGCAGAUUUUUACUGGACGGUGGUGAAUUCUGAGAUUCCUUUCAGACUUUCGGAAACAAUUGUGCUCAUUCCAUCAAUCUUUGGCUGGAUUUUGUCUGGAUCCAGAUCUCAUACAUCUGUCGCUUCUUUAUCGUCAGUUCAUAAUAUCAGCAUCACAUCACCAUAUAUUUUGGAUGAUCAAGUUAGGAAAUUCUGGGACUUAGAUACUUUAGGUAUUAAAGCCAUGCAAGACAAAGAAAUGUCCAUUCGCAAUUCUGAAAUAUUGGAAGACUUUCGAAGCUCUUAUGAAGUCCUAGAAAAUCGUCGUGUUGUUAGAUUACCUUGGAAGAAAGACGUUACUCUUUCUUCAAAUAACUAUCACGUAGCAUCAAAACGCUUCAAUACAUUGUGCAAGAAGCUCCAAACAGAUCCUAGCUUAAAGGAAAUGUAUGUUACACUCAUGGAAGAUUACAUAGACAAAAGGCAAGUUGAAAUAGCACCGGAAAAUCAUGAUAAGGAAGAAAAAAGCUAUUACAUACCCCAUCAUGUAGUCAUUAAAGAGAAGAACGCAGAAAUUAAGGGACGAAUAGUGUUCGACGCCUCUUCUCACACACCAGGCCAUCCAUCAUUAAACGAUGCUCUAGAACAAGGUCCCAACUUACUUCCAGAAAUUUUAGCCACUUUAUUACGAUUUCGUCUUCACAAACAAGCAAUUAUUAGCGAUGGAAGUCAGGCUUUCUUACAAUUAACUUUGUGGGAAAAAGACAGAUGUGCUACUAAGUUUCUAUGGUUCAAAACUAGGAAAAAUGAUGAUGGGCAUUUGCAGCUAGAGAAUGAAAUUGUGAUCUAUCAAUUUACACGUUUACCCUUUGGAUUAACCAGCAGCCCAUUCCUUCUUUCAGCUACACUUGACGAAUUAUGCUGCAUGUACUCCAACAUUUAUCCCACAGCAGCUAAACAUCUAAAAGGCAAUAUUUUCAUGGAUGAUUUCGUUGUGGGAGUUGAUUCAGAAAUCGAAGCGAAGACCCUAUUUCACGAAAUGCAAGAACUCACGAGUCUUAUAAGCCUUCCCUUAGCGAAAUGGAGUACCAACUCACAAGUUUUGAAAAACGAAUGGAAGAAAGAAAAAAUAAAGUUUAAAAGUAAGACUCAAGUCUUAGGUGUUCAUUGGGAUACAGAAGAAGAUUCGUUUCAUCAAAAUAUCAAGGAGCAUGACCACGAUUUAUUUAAGGAACCGGUCACUAAACGCUUACUUCUGAAAACAAUCUCAAAGAUUUUUGAUCCCUUGUGA